AGAGAUGGCAGCAGACUACCUUCCGGAAUAGUCAUAGAAGAAGAAGAAUAGGUCGAACCGGAAGUAGUCUAUCAGAAGGACGUAGUGGUGUGGGGAAGUAGCGAGCUAACUCAGCUAAAAUGCUGUCAGUUUUAUCUAAUGUGCUGAGGACGUGUGCACAGAAAAAUGGUGCUGCCGUGGUCGUGUCAGCAAGGACGUAUGCUGACUUCACAACCCAGGCUACGUUUGAGAUAAAGCAAUGUGAUACGUUCAAGCUGGAUGAGGCCCCAGCCACUCAGGUGGUGAUGACUCGUGAUGAGGGUCUUCAGUACUAUCGGACAAUGCAGACAAUGAGGCGAAUGGAGCUUAAGGCAGAUCAGCUGUAUAAGCAGAAGAUCAUCAGAGGUUUCUGCCAUUUGUAUGACGGCCAGGAAGCUUGUGCUGUUGGUAUUGAAGCAGCAAUUAAUUUGUCAGACCACCUGAUCACUGCGUACCGUGCCCACGGCUACACUUUCACCAGGGGAGGGACUGUAAAGGAAAUCAUGGCGGAGCUCACUGGUAGAAGAAGUGGCAUUGCAAAGGGCAAAGGAGGGUCCAUGCAUAUGUACUGUAAAAAUUUCUAUGGGGGAAACGGCAUUGUUGGAGCCCAGGUUCCAUUGGGUGCUGGUGUGGCUCUUGCUUGCAACUAUAUGGGCAACAAUGAGUUGUGUGUCUGUUUGUAUGGUGACGGUGCUGCUAACCAGGGUCAAAUCUUUGAGACGUACAACAUGGCUGCACUUUGGAAGCUGCCUGUCAUCUUCGUCUGUGAGAACAACAGGUACGGCAUGGGCACGUCAGUGGAGCGGGCAGCCGCCAGUACGGACUACUUCAAGAGAGGAGAGUUCAUUCCUGGUCUCAGGGUGGAUGGGAUGGAUGUUCUCUGUGUUCGGGAAGCAACACGCUUUGCAGCUGAUAUGUGCCGAUCUGGCAAGGGUCCUGUUCUGAUGGAACUUCAGACGUACCGCUAUCACGGUCACAGUAUGAGUGAUCCUGGUGUCAGCUACCGCACACGCGAGGAGAUCCAGGAAGUGCGCAGCAAGAGCGACCCUAUCUCCUUGCUGAAGGACCGCAUGCUGAGCAACAACAUGGCCAGUGUGGAGGAGCUCAAGGAGAUCGACGUUGAGGUGAGGAAGGAAAUAGAAGAUGCUGCUCAGUUUGCCACCACAGAUCCUGAACCACCACUGGAAGAACUGUGCGACCAUAUCUUUCACAAUAAUCCCCCACUGGAGGUGCGCGGCACCAACCCAUGGACCAAGCUGAAGUCUCUUAGUUAAAUUAUUCUCAUCACCUCAUCCACUCCAAUAUAAAAUAACUUUGCAGCCCUAAUGUAAACUUUGUCAAAUAUCCAUUAAGUUAAUUCAACUUGAGACCCGCAGCAAAUGUCAGCAAGUUGCUUUUAAUUCAACCGUAUUAUGUCAAACGCACCCCUACAGUAAACCUUUUUUAAGAGGCUUUUUCUAUUCAUGUGCCAUCUUCCUUAUGAUAUUUUCUUAAGGUUGAAUGCUACAUAUUUUUCAAUCUAGUUUUCAGAUGUUACAUUCGAUACUGUAUUUGGGGGGAAAAAAGUAGGCUUCUGUUUAAAUGAAGCACUUCGGAUACAGUUAAGUUCUCAGUCUAUGCCAUGAAAAGCAACAGCAGCCCAUUGUUUUUUUUAUUGCAUAUGUCAUUGAUUCAAAGCAAAAAGUUAAUACCUUCAGCAAAUGAAACUGAGCUAUGCCUGGAAUGUGUUUUUCCAAAUACGACGUACACGAGUAAUGCACUCCCAAGCAAAUGACUCUUAAGAUUCCCUCAUGUAUGUAAAGCGUGUUAACCCUUCAGGUGUUCUUUUUCACAUUUGCUGAAGGAUCCGAUGUUGACAAUUAGCCAGGUAUAUUUCGGCAGUGAACUAUACAUUACACACACUGUUUGACAGUCAACACAUUCAUGUCAUCUUUUCUCCAUAAUGUAACAAAGAUCUUAAACAAAAAAUAUUUUGCAAUUAAUGCUGAUUGUGCCACUGUUGUCUGUUACAUCGAGGGAAUGAUGAUUAUUCAAACUUUGGUCUUAUGUGUGCAUCAUGUAUUAAAAACCUAUCAGAGAUCCUCCUUUUUAAGAUUUAUUUAUUUUUUUGGUCGACUUGGUUAAUCUGUUUUACAUAAAUGAGAAAUAUGAGUUGCUAAAGUGAGCGGGUUAAAGGCUGUAAACAUUAAAAACUGGUUGGUUAGCUUUUUUGGCUUUACUUAACCAUGUCCUAAGAGGGUGUGGUCCUUAAAUUUGCAACUACAGGUAGUUAGACGAGAGACGAUGUGAUGAGCAUGAAGGUCCCAGACUAGAUGAAAGUUACUGUGCAUGACUUUGGACAUACUGGCUCUGUGACUGUUUCAGCAUGUUGUAUUUACCAGCAUCAUCUAAAAUACUGAGGGCAUCUAUCCACUGUCAUGUAAGUCGUCAUACUCUUCAUUUUCAGCAUUGAAUCAACUUUGUUGUACUUACGUUGUUUGCAGAGGAAGAUGGGAAGUCAAACUUACAACUACAUUAUACUGUAUCUGAUUUCUAUCAUUGCUGCUUAUUCACUUACUAUUUACGUCAGUGUUGUCACAGUAAUAAUAGCGUUAAUAACUGUAACUAGGGGUGCUCUGAGCAGGGUUUUAUGCAGCCAAUACUGAGCAUGCAAGAGUGAGAUCAGCCGAUACCGAUCACAUGGAUUAACUGUACAUUUUUCAAUUUAUGAUGAGCAUUAC